AUGGGCACAUGCUCUAAGACGCGCUCCCCGUGGGACCCCUCUGUCCUGCUUCCCUCCUGCAAGUGCGCCUUGAAGUUCCCCUCCUUCGAACCCACCCACCUGGCUGGCCUGCCCUCCUGCUUCCCUGAGGCCUACACGUGUCGCCAGCUCUCCUCCAACCCCUGCGCCCCAGGAGUGUGCAUCGAUGGCGUAGACGGCAGCUACUCCUGCCUCUGCCCUUCGCCCUACUACUACUUCACAUUUUCUCCCAAGGGCACUGCCAGUUGCUCCCUGGUCCAAGCGGAUGGCAUGCGAAUGCCAACCUUCCCGUCCCAGUUUGGUCUCACAUGCCCCCUCAUUCUCAAUACUUUUGGAUUGACACAGACCCAGUUUUUCAGCGAGAACAAGGGCUUCCAGUGUCGAGCUCCCAUUCCUGCUGGCACCCUGGUCAACGUCACCAGCCGUGCUUUCUCCAAAUGUACAGCAAUGUACACUGUUAAUCAUGGCGACACCUGUGACUCCAUCAACGCGCUCUUCGACACGCAGAUAGAGCCGCUCAACCCCGCGCUCAGCUGCUCCGAUGGGCCACGGCACGGGCAGCUUCUAUGUGUGACGUUUGACCAACAGUGGUACGACGCCGGAAAGAUAAGCACAAAGUGCACGCACUACACUCACAUCUCGCCAGCACCACCCUCCAGCAGCCGGCAGCAGACAGCCCCAUUCACCGUAGAUGACGCACUCAUAAGCGAGCUUGAGAGCCCACAGACCUGUCAGGGGCUGUGGCAGGCCUUCAGCCUCGCCUCUCCCGCACGCUUCUUCCAGCUCAACCCCGGCCUUCCGUGCGACUCGCUGCUGCCCGACAGCCCGCUUCAGGGCAACACUGUGACUCGG